UGGAUGGCACGUGCCACGUGCAAUUGAGUUAAGUUUCGUUUCAGUGACAGAAACGAACGCAUGUUGCAUGAAUCGAAAGUGAAAGUAAAAAUAUGAGUCUCUGUUUACGUCUUUAUGAGAGUCCGAAUAAAACUGGAUGUGUGUCUUGAAGACCGCUUCAGGUUUAGGGCAACGUUUAAUUGUUCAUACGUUUCCGGCAGUUUUGAACCUGUCUCAUUGACCCUAACAAACGGUUUUCCGUAGAUGCAGCACAACAGAGAAGCUUUUGAACCGGCUGCAUGUUUGUGGAUUGGGGCAUCCUGGACUAAAAUGGCCCGGAGAUCCCUUUUAUCACGCUCCUUUUCACUGAACCAUUACAGGGCUUAUGAUGUUAGAGGCCUUUUCAACUACAAUCUGUCGUGUUGUGUUAAUGCUUUGCUUCAGUCUUUUUCUGCCACAACUGAACUUCUGGACAUACUACAAAAAUGGCAUCCACCAGCUACGAUUGGGCGAAAUAACAUCCCCCUGCAGUUGAAGAAUGCCCUGUGUGCCAUGAGAGACACUUCAAAUCCUGCAUCACACAAAAACCUCUUGGACUGCCUCUACAGUCACAACAUACACCGGUUCACUCAACAGGAUGCAGAUGAAAUCUUCCACAUUAUACUCAAUCUCAGCCAAAAGCAGAUGCUUGAUCAAGACUUGGCUCAGGAAAUCCGCAGUCUCUAUGACAUAAGAAUGGAGACCCAGUUGAUGUGUUCAGAGUGCAAAUAUGUUCAACGAGUGCCUAGCUCUUAUUUCAGCCUUCCCUUAGCGAUUUUUGAGGGUGUAAACACUCUGGAGCGCUGCAUCCAGUCUUUUUUCCAGCGGCAAAACCUGCUGGACGGUGAUAUGUGUUACUGUGACAGUUGUGGGCAGAAGCAACCAUCCACACAUGAGUUGAAGCUUGUCUCACUGCCUCGGAUUCUGUGUGUCCACCUAAAAAGAUUCAGAAAUGUCGGUGGUUUAACCUGGAAACUCUUCAGCAGAGUCACCUUCCCUGAAACACUUAAUAUGGGCAUUUUUGCUGCUGAAGGACAAUCAGAAAAUGUGGUAUCUGGUUCUCCCCAGGCUGAUGAGCAUUAUAGACUCUAUGCAGUUAUAGUGCAUAUAGGAUAUGCCAUGUCUGGCCACUAUAUUGCUUACAUCCGUUCCACUCAGGACCAGACAUGGUACUAUGCUGAUGACCGCACUGUUCAACCAGUUUCCUGGUCGAUUGUGCAAAGCUCAUACGAAGGGACAGAGACAGCCUACUUGCUUCUGUACCGGAAGAUGAGCAGGAAUGCAUCUGGAGAACAAUGAGGAACACUACAGCCCUUUCGGGCUUACUAAUGACAGAGCGUUAUGGUUGAAUGCACUAUAAUAGGACCAAAGUCUUUAUAUUUCAUAUAUAUUAUUUUUAAUAUAUAUUAUCUGUCUUAAAAUGAAAAGAACAUUUUAAGAAUGUAAAUCAGUAUUUAUAUAUUUUCAUGUUAAUUUGGGUUCA